AUGAGUAGCAAGGAGGAGAAGGCUCCGCUCUCCGAUAAGGAAACCACAACCACCGACCCUACGACCGUCGCUGAACCCGAACUCCCAGAGUUCAACUUGAAGAAUGUUCUGAUGGAUAUUUACAAUGGUGCUAUUGCCCUAGUAGUCGACCCACAAGCAGUGAAGGUGAUUGCCCCACUUGUUGUUGUAUUGACGUCUGCUAUCUGCAAAGUGAUUGUUCAUAAAGUGGCAUAUACGGAGAUAGAUUUUUCCACUUAUAUGCAACAAAUUGAAUUGAUCAAUGAAGGAGAGUUGGAUUACUCGCAAAUCUUUGGGGACUCAGGACCAAUCGUGUACCCUGCAGGCUUUGUACAAGUUUACCAGACAUUGUAUUCUAUUACUAAAGGUGGUAAGGAUUUGGGCUCAGCACAGUUGAUUUUUGGAUAUCUUUUAGCUCUCACCAACUUGUUGGCAGCCAUUGUGUACACCACCGCCGCUUCAGUGCAACCAUGGACUUUGUAUCUUCUACUUGCUAGCAAAAGAAUCUACUCAAUCUAUGUUCUUAGAUUGUUUAAUGACUGCUUUGCCACUAUUUGUAUGGCUGGGGUUAUCCUUCUUUUACAACAAGCAUCGUAUUGGCGCUCUACCACCAGUUCCACCGUCCUGUACGUUCUCUGUUUAGUUGCAGCUGACUUGUUCAGUUUAGCUAUCAGUGUCAAGAUGAAUGCACUUUUAUACCUUCCAGGGUUCCUUGUCGUUGCAUAUUUCCUCUGUGGUGAAAACCUCCUCAAAUUGUUCACAGUGUUGCUUGUGUUCCCAUUUGUUCAAGUCACCAUUGGAUGGAAGUUCAUUCUCCCACUUUUUAACGAUGAAGAUGCUCAAAUGAUUAGAUAUAAUUAUUUUACCCAAGCUUUUGAUUUCCUGAGAAAAUUCUUAUACAAAUGGACUGUUAAUUGGAGAUUCAUCUCCGAGGAUACUUUUAAAUCUGAUACUUUUGCUCAUAUCCUUUUGGCUGGGAAUGUUUUAGUUAUCCUCAUCUUCCUUUUCACAAGAUUUAUCUCCCCUAAAGUCACUGGGAAGUCAAUUAUACAGUUGAUCAAAGAUGCCCUUUUCAGACCAUUCAGCAGUACUGUAAGUGCCAACAAUCUUUUCCUUGACCAUGAUAUUGGACCAAACUUGAUCAUGUUGACUCUUUCAUGCUCAAAUGUCAUAGGUGUUCUCUUUGCUAGGUCAUUACAUUACCAAUUUCUCUCUUGGUAUGCUUGGCAACUUCCAUUUUUACUUUUCCUGACUGGAUGGAAUUUUGCCAUUUGUAUUCUUGUUUGGAUUGCUCAUGAAUGGUGUUGGAAUGUUUUCCCUUCAACUGAAAAAUCUUCUGCCUUAUUGGUAUCAAUUUUGACAGUUAUUCUCUAUUCAGUUUGGAAUAACACCAAAGUUUGGUUCAAACAAGAAGUGGAUCAAGUGAAGAAGGAUCAAUAA